UCAGAUUCUGUGUUUGACAAUGGUCUGACUUUGAGGACUAUGAAGCAUUUUCCUCGCCGUGAUGGGAUUCUGAAGCAAAAACACAUUAGUUUUGCAAACAAUUCCUGUUGCGAAUCUAAACAUAUGAGCAGUGUGUUGCGAGCACACGUGUGAGAUGGGAUAUGCUUGGGAGACGACUACGUGUCCUUUGCACUUUUCAAGUGUCCUCUUCGACGGACAUUGCAUCGUUGCCCAAGUCCAUCGCAUAUUAGCAGUUCAGACGUGCCGAGCUGGUACUCCUCGCAGGAACACUCCAGUUCGAUGAGAGGAGCUUGUGUUUUCUUUCCUGGGUAUCACCCCUCCAGAGUACUCUUGUUACUUUAGCUCCAAACUGCAUUUUGCAGGAAGGAUCAACACUUCCGCUUCCAAGUCACUGAUCUCAGUCUUAGUCGUGUAGAGCUUUUACGAUUGUGGGCACGCUCUAAUUGCCCUCGCGUUGUAAGGCACUGAGCACGUUGGGAAGGGCCAGCUUGCUUCCUCCGCAGAAGGUUUUCCUCCGGUGUUCGUGGUCAACACAAACGCUGAACCCAACAUGGCAAACUCUUUGUGCAUCAAGACAACUUGUGCAGCUUCCUCAACGUCAAUGCGGAGGCAGAUGUUCCACCAUUUAGCACCAGCAGCGAAAUCCCCACGAAAACUGGCAUCCCACAACUCUUCACUACAUGGGAUAAGCAUUUCCUCCAAAACAUCCUCGACAACAGGCCACCGGGCUGCGGAUUCUUCCCGACGCCUAGCCACGCCCGAAACCGCAUCUGCAAAGCUUGUCACUUUCACGGGAAGGAAAGAGGUGUCCAUACCCUUCAAAGAGAGAUCCAUACCACCGGAGGACUAUCUUAAGGAAACGGAGCGCAUCGUCAACGUGACGUUCCCAGACUCGGCCCGGAUCAAGUACCUGGGUGAUGAAGUAUGGCAAGCUCGCCUUCUCACUAUCACAUUCUUCGACUUCUCCGCAACACCAUACACCGAUGUCAGAGUAGUGCACGACAACGGCGUCCUCAUCAUCGACUCCAACAAGCUGGUCCUAGACGUAACGGGCCUUCCACGCCAGUUCCUCAACUUAGACCUCCAGCUUGCCCUGCACGGGGAGCUGCGAGUGAUACCCCGCAGCACAACAGGGUCCGAUCAGUGGGACUUUGGAGGGUGGGUGGACAUCAGCGUGGGUGUGAAUCUCCCGGUGCCGCUGUCGCUGAUCCCGACAGGAUUACUGACGGCAGUGGGGGAUCAAGUGGUGGACCGCAUCCUCGGCGCCAUGGAGGGCGCUCUCUUGCAAGGCAUCAUCGACGACUACAACGCCUGGUGCGCCGCGCCUCCCCCCACGCUCUCUCCUCCUGGUGCCGCGCCUUCCCCCGCGGUCUCCUCUGCCGCGCCGUAGCGUCACGUCGCGGCAGCGCCUGUUCUCGCCAUCCAUUUCUGGAUGUGGAUGGAUGGAUGGAUUGUAGAUGGAUGUAGUUCACUUAUUCAUCCUCUCAUGUUGGGCUGGCUCGCAAUAGAGCCGGAUCCUAUUAGUUUAGUUUAGAGCAUUCUAGGUAACUUGGUUUGUAGCCUUUUUUGGUGCAUGUGACCAUUCUUUUGAUUUAGAAGGGCAAGGUCUUUUGUAAGUUAUCAAUCUUGGACAUACCCAUUUUAUUCACACAAAAAAAAAAAAACGAAUCAAUUUAAUAUGUAUUUUAUUACUUUA